AUGUCUUCCACAAAUCCCCCAUAUAUGCCUGGUCGGGUAGACUCGGACUCCGAAGAUGACCUCGACCUAGACGAACUCGACCCUAUCGUCGAACAGAGAAACCCUUCUGCACGCUCAGGCGCACGGCCUGGAAAUCCCUCCUCCAACAUCCCCCUCCACAAAUUACAGCAGUUUGGUGGAGCUCGACUAUGGCGCUCCGCGGGAAAAAGAGACAACUCGAGUUAUGCUGAUCCCGAUGAAGAUACAGAAGGCCUCUUGGGUGGUUGGCCGGGCCAGUCUCGCGAAAACGGCCACCUGCGCCAAUGGUCGGAGGAUCCAGUCGGUUGGAACGUGAGGCAGAACAGGACAUCAGAUAAAGAUCACGGACGAAACACGCCAUCACAGCCUCGAGAAACAGCCUCGAGACGUUCAAGUUUUCGCCAAAGCAUGCAAUUAUCUGAUUUUGUCCGACAAGAGCUUGCCGAUAUGCGUGAAGACCAGGACGUUGACAGCAAGGAGUCCCGCGAAAUCAACGUUGGCCAGGCCCAGUCGAGUCGCUAUCCAACUAACGUCGUCUCCAACGCUAAAUACACCGCUUGGUCUUUCCUGCCUAGGACGUUGUACAACGAAUUUUCUUUCUUUCUGAACAUCUACUUUCUCCUGGUCGCCCUUUCGCAGAUUAUACCAUUCUUGCGCAUCGGAUAUAUGUCCACUUAUAUUGUACCACUAGCCUGUGUUCUGGCCAUUUCCAUUGGGAAAGAGGCCCUUGAUGAUAUUACGAGGCGACGACGAGACGCCGAGGCGAACUCGGAACCUUUCACCGUGCUGUCAUUUGCCGAUUCCACAAGGUCUCGUCAAUUGGACGCUAGAAACGGUGUUCUUGAGGUUGAAAAAAGAGCACGGGACAUCAGAGUUGGUGAUAUCUUGAAGUUAGAGAAAAAUCAACGGGUUCCUGCAGAUGUUGUGAUACUGCAAAGCCAUCUCAGCGAACUGCUCUCGGAUCCUGCAACAAGUUCACCCGGCGAUGUCGAGACCAUGGCAGCUCCACAAACGAGUGUGGAGACUUUUAUCCGAACAGAUCAACUUGACGGAGAAACCGACUGGAAAUUGCGACUUCCCAGUCCCCUGAGUCAGAGGUUGAGAUUGGCUGAUCUGCGACAAAUUCGAAUAACAGCGGGCGCCCCCGACAAGAACGUCAAUGCAUUCGUCGGAACUCUUGAGCUUCAAGGAAGCCCCACUGCUGCAUACGAUCCACCUGUUGGCGAGCAGGACUCUUCGUUAGAGAUUUCAACUCGAGUUAAUGAGACAGGAGAUGUCCCAAGCACUGCUCGUUCCGCUCCGCUCACCAUCGACAAUACUGCUUGGGCCAAUACAGUCCUAGCUUCUAGCACAACCACUUACUGUGCAGUCAUAUACACUGGUCGGCAGACACGGUCGGCCCUUUCUACAUCGCCAUCAAGGUCGAAAACUGGGUUGCUGGAACUCGAGGUCAACAAUUUGACCAAGAUACUGUGUAUCAUGACGCUCAGCUUAUCGAUCAUUCUUGUUGCACUGGAAGGGUUUGAACCAUCAAAUCAAAAACGAUGGUAUGUGGCCAUCAUGAUAUACCUGAUUCUGUUUUCGACAAUCAUCCCCAUCAGCUUGCGGGUGAAUCUGGACAUGGGCAAAACAGUCUAUGCAUACUUUAUCGAACACGAUCGUGGCAUUCCAGACACCGUCGUGCGUACCAGUACCAUUCCGGAAGAUUUGGGUCGAAUCGAGUAUCUUCUAUCCGACAAAACCGGUACCCUCACCCAAAACGAGAUGCAAUUGAGGAAAAUACACGUCGGUACUGUAGCAUAUGCGGGUGAGGCUCUUGAGGAAGUCGCGGCCUAUGUUGGCCAGUCCUUUGCAACAACAGAAUCUGCUGCUUCGACUCGAGGUUCAGAAUUGGGAGCAACCACCAAGACCCGCAGAGAGAUAGGGAUACGCGUGCGUGACCUGGUUCUGGCACUUGCUCUGUGUCACAAUGUUACGCCGACCACUGAUGAGAUCGACGGAAAGAAAGUGGUAUCAUAUCAAGCAUCCUCGCCUGAUGAAAUAGCCAUUGUUGAAUUUACCGAGAGUGUUGGCCUUCGACUCCUUCAACGCGAUCGCGAAACAAUUGUCCUUCAAUCGGUAGCCACGAAUAAAAUCGUCAUCAGAGCGGAGAUCAAGGAUAUUUUCCCAUUCACAUCAGAAAGCAAACGCAUGGGUAUCGUUUUACAGAUACAUUCUGAAGUCCCCGGGCUGCCUUUUGCCAAUGAACUGUGGUUUUUUCAAAAAGGUGCAGACACAGUCAUGUCAUCGAUUGUUGCUGCCAACGAUUGGCUGGAUGAGGAAACCUCCAAUAUGGCUCGCGAAGGUCUCAGAACUCUUGUUGUCGGCAGGAAAAAGCUCUCUCCUGCGCAGUACGCCGCGUUCUCCUCGGACUAUGACGAAGCCGCUCUUGCCCUACACGGACGUGAUAUGGGCAUAGCAGCAGUUAUCAAGUCGCAUCUUGAGCGUGAUUUAGAACUUCUUGGCGUUACAGGCGUGGAAGAUCGUCUACAAAAGGAUGUCAAGCCCUCUCUGGAAUUACUUCGUAACGCUGGUGUCAAAAUUUGGAUGUUGACUGGUGACAAGAUCGAAACUGCACGCUGUGUUGCUGUCUCGGCGAGGCUUGUGGCACGUGGUCAGCACAUUCAAACCAUGGCGAAAAUCAAGACCAAGUCUCAAGGCCAAGAUGCGCUUGAUGCCAUGCGGAGCCAGACAGAGUCGUGCCUUCUGAUAGACGGAGAGUCUCUAGCAUUAAUGCUGAGCCAAUUCCGUCAAGAUUUCAUCAAACUUGCAGUCCUGCUUCCUGCGGUAAUCGCUUGUCGUUGUUCUCCUACUCAAAAAGCUGAAGUUGCACUAUUGAUCCGACAGCAUACCAAAAAGCGUGUCUGUUGUAUUGGAGAUGGUGGCAACGAUGUAAGUAUGAUCCAAGCAGCAGAUGUGGGCAUUGGUAUUGUGGGCAAAGAAGGACGUCAAGCAUCCCUCGCUGCAGAUUACAGUGUCACGCAAUUUUGCCAUCUUACCAAACUUUUAGUGUGGCAUGGUCGGAACAGCUACAAGCGAUCAGCAAAACUGGCUCAAUUCGUUAUGCAUCGUGGCUUGAUUAUCAGCGUUUGCCAAACGAUGUACAAUAUCGCAGGACACUUUGACCCCAAGGGCCUGUUCAAAGAUUGGCUCUUGGUUGGCUAUGCGACUGUAUACACCAUGGCACCAGUUUUCUCACUUGUCUUUGAUCGAGAUGUGGAUGAACAAGUAGCCAACCUCUAUCCUGAGCUCUACAAAGAGCUCAAGUCUGGUGAAAGCUUGAGUUACAAAACUUUCUUCACUUGGGUUCUGGUAUCGGUCUAUCAAGGAGUGGUCAUACAAGGGUUAACCCAGAUCCUAGUUGGGGAGGUUGACGGACCACGAAUGCUGAGUGUCAGCUUCACCGUACUAGUAUUGAACGAACUGAUCAUGGUCGCGGUGGCUGUUACCACAUGGCAUCCGAUCAUGAUCGCUUGUAUCUUGGGUACUGCAAUCAUUUAUGCGGCAAGUGUUCCAUUUCUUGGUGGUUAUUUCGAUCUCAAGUACGUGGUCAGCUGGAGUUGGGUUUGGAGAGUGGCUGCUGUGGGAGCGAUCAGCCUUAUUCCUGUGUGGGGAGGGAAAGUCAUUCGUCGAAUGUGGAAACCGCCGAAUUAUCGCAAGGUACAAGGUAUAUAG